CAUGGCCGAGAGCUCAGCUGUGACUGCAGCAGUGCCAGAGAGAGCAGCACCAACCAAGCUGGAGGAGCUUCUGGAGAUCACUGCUCAGAGCCUGGUGCGCGCCGAGGUAGCUGAGCACUAUGAGGUUGUUCGGGAGCUGGGCAGGGGCAAGUAUGGCCAUGUGAUGCUAGUGACCCACAGGCAGAGAGGGACUCCUAUGGCUCUCAAGCUGCUACCCAAAGCCAGUACCAAGCUGCACACCUUCCUGUAUGAGUAUUGUGUCGCACUGUCCCUCGCCACCCACCCUGCCAUCAUCGGCAUGUUUGGAAUUGCCAUUGAGUCCAGCCAGUACUAUGGCUUCCUCUAUGAACCAGCGCUGCACAAAGACCUCAUCUCUAUCAUCAAACCCCGCGAUGGGAUUCCUGAGCCGGCCGCAAAGCAGUGUGCCAAGCAGCUCGUGAGCGCGCUGGAGUUCAUCCACAGCCGGGGGCUGGUGUACCGCGACAUCAAGCCUGAGAACGUGCUGCUUUUUGAUCCCGACUGCCGGCUCGUCAAACUCACUGACUUUGGCCUGACGAGGCCCAAGGGUACCAAGCUCAAGCUGGUGGCCGGGGUAAUCCCCUACACGGCCCCUGAGCUGAGCAACACUGCUGAUGCCCAGGGGGUGCCCAUCGACACCAGCAUGGAUGCCUGGGCCUUUGGGGUGCUGCUUUUCUGCCUGCUGACCGGCUACUUCCCCUGGGAGCAGAGCCUGCCGGAGGACCCUUUCUUUGAGGACUUCAUGCAGUGGCAGGAGACAGGCCUAGAAAAGGACGCGCCCCGGCACUGGAAGCGCCUGACAGCCGAGGCUGCCGGGAUGCUGCGAAGCCUGCUGGCUCUAGAUCCCGCCAAGCGUGGCCCCCUCAGCGGCGUUCUGCGCUACGUGGACUGCCCUUGGCGCCGGGAGGAUGGGCGCAGUGAGGAGGCUGCCGUCAAGUCCUAGGGCCUGCUCUCCACAGCGGGAGGGAAGGAGGGUCUCAGCCUGCAAGGGGCUUCAGGGUUUGGGCACCACGGUGGCCUGGGCGUGAGAGGCCGAGGUGGCCCAGAGAGCAGCUUCCCUGCUGCCACAGAGCCAAGCUCCUUCCCCAGCUGAUGACCCUCACCCCAUGACUCAGUGCUGCCCAGCGCCGCCUCCUUGUGGCUUGAAAACAUCUUUCUCUUGGAAAUGACUGUGUGUGAAGCAUCCACUCCUUUCCUAGCCACAGGAAGUCCCGGGAGUUAUUUAGGCUGCAGCACAUGCCGUGCCUCAAAAUAGAGCAAAAUGUGUACUUUUGUGUUUCUGUAUGUGGCUUGUUUUCCCUCAUAAUAAAUGCCUGUUGGGACCCCCUUGCUGUUGGAAAGCAGGGAGCAUGUCAGAACUUGCAGCUCUCCAGGACAAGCUGUUCAAGGCAGGGCCCGUCUCUGAAUGCUGCCAGUGCCCAGGACUACUGGAGGGUGGCUUCAGGCUGGUGGGGUGGAGGGGCUGGGGAGAUCCCAGCACGCGGCCAUGGAUGAUGACUGGGGAAUGUUUAUGGUGUUGAGGUUAUCUCAUGCCAACCCAAACACAUCUCUUCCCUUGUACUGCCUUCAGGUCCUAGGACAAUGUCCUUCAUGCUCUUUUGGAUGCCUGGCUACCCUUCUACAAGACCUUUCUUCUCCCCUUUCCUAUCACUUCUUUAACCCUUCCCUAGAAACACACCUCUUCUAAUGCCCCAAUAUCCUCCUAGGUGCACAUUUUAAUCCUGAAAAGGAGUAGCAAAGAGGGAAUUAGGGGUUAGUAGCCAUUUUUACUUUUCUACCUCUUUUCAAUCCCCAGGAUUUUGCUGUUGGUAAUAAUCCCUUCCUGCACUCAACCUGGUCUUUUGCUGGAAACAUUCACAGCUUGUUUUCCACUCUCAGGGGAUUCAUAACUUCUAAAAAUGCAGUGUCCCAGUGCUAUAUUUUCUAGCAUUUCAGCUUUUUUUUCAUGUCAGACCUAUUCCUGCACACACUCCUAUGCUUCCCCAACCUUCAGCUUUUUUUUUUUUUCUUCCAGCUUCUUUUGACCCACUGGCAUUUUAACAUUACUUCACUUCUCUACUAACACUACCCAUCACCUGGUAAACAUAUUUUGCUCAUUCCUCUCUUAGCAACAUCACCUCUGUACUACUAUUUUAUGCUGUUCCUGCUCCCUACAUCACUUAUGUCUUGAGUCUUCCAGCUCCCCAACCUAUCUUACCAAACAGCAUUGUGCUCACACUGUCCAAGAUACAGUUUUCUUCUGCUUACUUCUAUCUCUUAGAAUCUUUCAUUACUUGAAAUCGUAAUAAAUGCUGCUCAACUCCAGCCUGCUGAGAUUUGGCUUUAAUAACACCUUAAUUACUAUAGGAAUAGCUGAGGAAUUUUAAGGUGCCAACAUGGUUCCUGCAUUUAAAGUGGAGAAGCCUUAAGACCAAUGGAUAUAAAGGUCAGGUAGCUGGCAACUAUCCAGUCAAAAAUAAUGGAAAAAGCAUUUGUUAAAGAUGUUAGCUAAUGGAGAAUUACAGAAUAAGAAUGUGGUUUUUUUGAAUGAGACAUUCAUUUUUUUAUAAUAAAGU